UGUGAGAAGAGAUUUACACAACGUGGUACUUUGAGUGCACAUCUCCGUAGACACGACGGCACCAAAUGAUUUAAUAGUCGAUCUUGUGCGAUGGGACAAAACAUGAUGGAUAUACAAUGGAAUUAUCUAAACACGAAAAUAAAGAAAUUACAAUGAACGAUUCUUUGCAAUAUUCAAAGAAAACAAGAAAAAUAUAUUGCAAGCCGGAACUAGAAAAAAGUAAUGUACGUCAUCAUAGUAAAUGUUUACCAAACCGAAAAUAUUCAACUAUUUAUCAAUGUGAUAUUUGUAAUAAGAAAUUCCGAAAGAAGCUUCAACUUGAUAAGCACAAACAUGAACAUGAAAAUGAAUCUGAGGACAUUACGGACUACGAUAAUCGUUGCGAAGAAUGUGAUAGGGUAUUUCUUAAUGAAAAGAAGUUACAUAAACAUAUGAUCAAGGUUCAUCAACAAGAAAAGCCAUAUCAGUGUGCUCUCUGUGGUAAAUGUUUCAAAACCGAAGAAUUCUUGAAGACACAUUUAAAACAACACAGCAAACGUUUUACUUGUGACGUCUGUGGUAUCUCAAAAGUAUCUGGAUACGAUUUGCGUUUGCACAAAAAGAAGCACAAUCAGGAAUAUGUGACUUAUUGUAAAAUUUGUGGUAAAGGAUUUUACACAAAUCAGACACUAGAGAGACAUUUAUUAACGCAUACUGGUGAGAAACCAUUUGUUUGUAAAAUUUGUAAUACUUGUUAUGCAAGUUCAGCUUAUUUAAAUAUGCAUGUCAAGUCUCAUGGUCAACGUGAGACACAUAAGUGUAAUAUCUGCAAUUUUGAAAGUCACUGGAAGGCUGCUUUGAAGGUACAUCUGAAGAUACACAAUGGUGAAAAUCAAAUAACUUGUGAAAUAUGUGGAAAAUCUGUAUCGAGUAAAACUUAUUUGCAAAUUCAUAUGCGAAUACAUUCAGGUGAAAAGCCACACGUUUGUGAAGUAUGUGGAAAAGCGUUUAGUGUUAAGAAAUAUCUCGUUGUGCAUUUGAGAACGCACACAGGUGAAAAACCAUAUGAAUGUAAAGUCUGUCAGAAGAGGUUUACCCAACAAGGAUCAUUGAGUUCUCACAUGAAGUCGCACAAUGACAGCAAGUAAUUAAACCAAAGAAUCUAUGUUGAAUUAGUAGUAUUUUCUAAUAAAAGAUUCUGCACGCGAAUGUUAUGUAAAUUGUAAAUGUAAAAUGUAGCAUAUAAAAACGAUAAACGAGAGAAAGAAUUUCUCUUACCGUGCAUAUUAUAUCAUUUAUAUUCAAUUUAUUACAACUAAUUAAAUUCGUAUAUUGAAAGGCGCUUAUUAAUAUUUAUUUUUAUUAUUAUUUUAUCUUUUUGACAAAAUUGAUUUACUAGCUUAACUUCAAAUUUAGAUUUAUAAUGAAAUUUGAUUAUUUUAUUAAUUAUAUAGUGCCUUAUAUAUAUAAAAAUUUGGUUAAUUGUAUCAUUAAUUUUUUCAUUGAAACAGAAAAUAUAUUUAUUAGCUCGUGUUCUUUAUAAAAAAAAUAUUCAUUUCACAUUUUUAUAGUAAAGUAUUUGAUUAAAUCAUAGAUUGAUGUAAAACAUUAGGAUUAUGUUGGAAAGAUCAUAAAUUAAAUAUAUAUUAUGCAUUUGAAAUAGAUAUUAUGAGUCAUAAAUGUGCGUUUUUCUUGCGUCACUCUAUUUUUUUUAAUUUUAUCUAGACUCAUUUCGAUAAUGAAUGAUUUAAAUAAUGGCCUUUACAGAAACAAUUUUUCAGCAUAUUUGAUAUUGUUUGAUGCAUAUUGUUUUUUUUUUAUACAAGUGCAUUAUAUUAGAUCUAUAAUUAUAAUAUUAGAUAAUUACUCUUAUGGUGCUUUUCCUACGAAUAACAAAAAUUCUAAUUGUAUAGAUUAAUCUAUUUAAUGAUAUAUUUUGUAAUCAAUCAAUAAAAAUCAUAAGCGAAUCAUCAAAAAAGAAAAUAUAUAUAAACACCAAUACGUUCUUUUGAUUUUAUAACCCGUUAUCUCAUUAUUUCGAUUUCGUUAUAAUCAGGUAAGUUCUUAUUGUAAAUAUUUCAAUUAGAUAAAACAUGUGAAUUUAUUAAUAAUUGUAUUUUCAGAUUUAAACUGUGUAAUAAAAGGAAGCUAACUCGUGAGAUUCGAUAUGACUCCAAAAUGAAAGUUCCAGAUACUAAAAGUAAAACGAGUAUCGACUGAUGUAACUGAUUAAACUGUUCAUUUAAUCUAAAUAAAAAGUUUUAUAUUGUAACUUUUGAUGAAGUUAAUAGUUCUAAGGAAACUAUUGUAUCAAAAUGCUGACAACACAGCGAGUCUGGUA